AUGGGAGGCACCUUGAGGCAGCUGGUGCUCGGCCUGUUGGGUGGGGCGAGUGGAGGCCACGGGGGCAAGGAGAAGGAGGAGAGGAGGCAGCUGCGGCAGACGGUGGAGCUGAGGGUGAGGAUGGACUGCGAACGCUGCGAGCGUCAGGUCAGGAAGGCCAUCGCCGGCAUCAGAGGGGUGGAGCAUGUGGAGGUGAACCGGAGGCAGCAAAGGGUGACCGUCACCGGCAGCGUCGACCCACACAAGGUCCUGCAGAGGGCCCGGUCCACAGGCAAGAAGGCGGAGCUAUGGCCUCAACAGAAUCCUUGCUACAACGGCGCCGCCGUCAUGGCCCACCACGGCGCCAUCGGAGCUGUCCAGGCCCAUGAAAGGUGGGCACCGCCCGUCCACCCCAGACACCCCGACGCCAUGGGCGCCGGCUCCGAGCACAUCACCGACCUGUUCAGCGACGAAAACCCGAACGCCUGCACUGUCAUGUGA